AAGUCAUUUGUUUUAUAUAGUUGAAGUUUAUUUUUUUAAGACUUAAGUUUUAUUUUAGCUAUUGAGUGUAUUUAAAGAGAAUGAUUGGAAAACUCUAAGUUAAUUUUCAUUUUUGUUCAGUGACUUUUCUUUUAUUAGAGUCUAUAUAAGAACUCUGUGGACAGAGGUUUGAAAGUCCCAAUUUAAACAACUGAAAAUUAUUAUAUAAGAUAAACUAAGAUGGCAUCUAUUGAAGUUAAAGAAGACAAGUACCGUACACAUAUUUAUGGGGAAACAGAGAAAAACACCAAAUGGAGGUAUGGAGGCCCUCCCAACUAUGAUGUUGUGAACAAGCUUUUUGAAGAAGGCAGAACUAAGAUAUGGCCAACAGGAUCACUUGAAGAGAAAGUGCAAAACCUUGUGAAGACAUGGGAAAUGGAGAUGUUCCACAAGACAAGUUUUGAUGACUACAAAACUGUUGAUAAAAACAAGUACACUCUAAGCUUAAAUGGUAGAAGAGCUUUGAGUUUAGAGGAGAAGCGUAAGCUUGGGGGAGGCUACAACUCGUUGUUGCAGACAUCCUUACCAGACAACUUGCGGUGUUACAACCCAGCAGAAGAAACAGCAGAUUCUUCUCACCGUGCUUUUACAACUGCCUUUCCUCGAGGAUUUGCAGUGGAAAUUCUUCAUGUCUACUCUGGUCCACCAGUGAUUGUUUACAAGUUCCGGCACUGGGGCUAUAUGGAAGGUCCAUUCAAAGGUCAUAACCCCACCGGAGAAAUGGUUCAACUCUUUGGCAUGUCCAUUUUUGAGCUGGAUGAACAAGAGAAAAUUGUGAAGGUGGAGUUCUUCUAUGAUCGUGGAGAACUACUUGGAGGUCUUCUAAAGGGUUCAAGGUCGGAUAGUAGUAUCUCUCAAGAUGAAGCCUCAACUUGUCCUUUUAUGAAGAAAACUGGGUAGUAUAUAUUUUCAAUCAAAUGAAUGAACCCCAUCUCGUAAAAUCAAUUUAUCUAUUAUUAUAUUAUAUUAUGUGUGACCCAUCAAGCAAAUCAUGUUAGCUACCAUUUCUAUAAUAUAAAUACAUGUACAAUAAAAGGCUUUUUCACAUAUAUACAAUGUGCACACCUAAAUUAAUGCGGCAGUCACUAAAGUUAUUA